CUCAUAUAUACCCACACCUACACGAUUAACAUAUUCUUCAAAUUUAACAAAACCGAUAUCUUCCUCACUUUCUCCACUUCGUCGGAUUUUAUAUUUCUGUGCCAAAUAUACAUCCAAUACCACAAUUUUAGGAGUAGAAAGCCAGAAGGCAAAAAUGGCACAACGUACACCAGUUGUUGAAGCAGAGGGUCUGUCAAGCACUCGCAUCGGUAGGAUGGAUGAACCUGUGACGGCUGGGUCGGGGUGUGGUGCUGGGAAUGGUGUGAAUAGUACUGCUCCUGUAGGGAUGCGGGAUUCUGGGACUACUAAAAAUGAACAUGGCACCUCAUCUUCUUCCUCUGGAACAGGAAGCGGAGUAAAGGGUGUAUUGGCUGGAAUCCAUGGAAUUGGGGAGAAGUUUAGGGGGGAGUUUAAUAAGGGGGUUGAUGGGGCUGGUGGGGAUAGAGAAGGUGUACUGAAAAAUGAAGCUGUUGCGAACUCGGGAGAUAGGGAAAGAUUGACGGGUACAUUUGCUGGGGAGACGAAGAAUAGAGAAGGUGUUGUGCCGGGGGCGGAUGGGGAGAGAAGAUUUUAGGCAGUACGAACAGGCUGUUUUGGGGUGGGUAAGGUAGGCUGAGGAGAGGAGUGAAGGUAGCAAUUAGUGAAUCCGAUUUAAUCUUGAAUCUGUAGAAUUUGUUUUUCUUUUUUG